AUGACCUUUGGCCUAACCAACGCUCCUGCCGCAUUUCAGCACUUUAUGAACAAGUUAUUUAAGGAUUUGCUUGAUGUAUGCGUCAUCAUCUACCUUGACAACAUCCUGAUCUAUUCCAAGGAUGACGCAUCACAUGCACAACAUGUUCACAAGGUCUUAAGAUGUCUCAUGGAGAAUCAGUUGUUCUGCAAGGCAUCCAAGUGCACUUUCCAUGUUACAUUGGUGGAAUACUUAGGGAUAAUUGUAUCAGAUAAAGGGUUUAGCCUGGAUAAGCUCAAAAUCCAGGCCAUUCAGGAAUGGCCAACCCCAACAAAGGUCAAAGAGGUUCAGUCAUUCUUAGGGUUUGCCAAUUUCCUACACCAGUUUGUUGCCAACUUCAGCCAUAUGGCCAGGCCAUUACAUAACCUGGUCAAAAAAGAUACACUGUGGAAAUGGGGUACAAGGGAGCAAGAAUCAUUCCAAGGCCUGAAGGACGCUAUCACAAAUGCCCCGGUACUCUGUCACGCUGACCCAUCCAAACCCUAUUACCUGGAAACGGACGCAUCCGGCACAGCUUUAGGUUCCAUACUUAGUCAACAACAGGAAGACGGUUGCCUACACCCACUAGGGUUUCUGUUGGAAUCAUUCAAGGGUGCCAAACAAAACUAUGACACCCACAAUAAGGAACUUCUGGCCAUUAUCCGGUCAUUUGAAUAUUGGCGCAUCUUCCUGGAGGGGACCCUACACCCCAUUACUGUGUUCACCAACCACCGGAAUCUGGAGUACUGGAAGGAAUCCCGGACAUUUAACCACCGCCAUGCCAGAUGGCAUCUAUUGUUAGCCGGAUACAACUUCCAGAUUGUAUACCGUCCAGGAAAACAGUCUGGAAAACCUGACACUCUCUCACGCCGCACCAAUCACGCCAACAUUCCCCCUGACAGCCAAACCAUGUUACCUAGCCCUAUCUUUGCCAACGUUGCCCUAGUACUACCAGAAACAGAGCUACAGCACCAAAUAGAAUCAUCCCUGGACCAGGACAAAUCCUUGGAAGAGAUCCUCCAAUUCCUCCAAAACAAAUCCAAGGCACCACCUUCCAUUAAACAAGCAUUCAAGGACUACAAAAUGGAAGCCAGUCUGCUGUUCUACCAGGGAAGGAUUGUGGUACUGGAUGUUGGGACCCUGCAAACGGAGCUUUUACGCAUCUACCAUGACAGCCCCUUGGCAGGCCAUCCUGGAAGGCAAAGAACCCUAGAGCUGAUCUUGCACGUCUACUACUGGCCAGGCAUUUGGGCUGACACCUAUUGGCAUGUGGAUUCCUGCAAAACUUGCCAACAAAUCUGGAAACCAAAGUACUCUUUGAUUCUGCCUCAACCCCUUGAACUCCCUACUAGGCCAUGGCAACAUAUCUCCUACAACAUGAUUGUUGACUUACCAAAGGACAGUAACAAUGAUUCCAUCCUGGUCAUUGUAGACAGCUUCACCAAAUACGUCAUUUUGGUGGAAUGUUCCAAGAAGCUCAAGGCACCGGCACUGGCGGAACUGUUCCUACAACAUGUCUGGAAACGUUAUGGAAUGCCUGAAAAGACAGUAUCAGAUUGUGGAAGGGUCUUCAAUAAUAAGUUCCUCAAGGUGCUGUACCAGCACUUAGGAAUAGACCCCCACUUCUCCUUGGCGUACCACCCCCAAAGCAAUGGCCAGACAGAACAAGUGAACCCCACAGUCAAGCACUUCCUACAAGCUUAUUCAGGGAUCAACCAAAAGGAUUGGGUCAAAUGGUUACCUAUGGUGGAAUUUGCCUACAACAAUGCAGUACACAGCAGCACCAGCAAAUCCCCAUUCAAGGCACUAUACAGAUGGGAACCUUCACUUACCCCAAGUAACGUCCCAAUGGAUGUCCCUGAGGCAGACAACUUAGCCGCCCAAAUGGAAGCACAAUGGAGGGAAAUAGAAGCAGCACUCCAGCAGUCUAAGACACGCAUGACAGCCGGAGAAACAGGAGAACCAUUGGAAUUUGAGAUCAGAGAAGAGGCCUGGUUAGACGCCAAGAAUGUGAAACUUAAGACCCUGAGUCCUAAGCUGACCAAUCAACGCCUAGGACCCUUCAAAAUAACCAAGAAAAUCUCCAAUCAAGCUUACCGGCUGGAAUUACUGCCGUCCAUGAGGAUACACAACAUCUUCUACAUAGGGCUGCUAUCUAAGGUGAAAAGAGACAAGAAACAAGCCUUCAAGAAUUGCCCACCACCAAUCACCGUGGAUGGGGAAGAGGAGUACAAGGUAGAAGGGAUAACGGACGCAGAGGAAAGAGGUGGUAAAUGGUUCUUCCGGGUUAAAUGGAAGGGCUAUGGCCACAAAGAGAAUACAUGGGAACCCCAAGAAAACCUCUAA